GUGCUCGAUAGCGUCGUGUGCCGUCUUCGCUGUUGCGGUCUCGGUGCAUCACGGGACGUAACGGCCACCUCUUCAAAGCGCAUUCGAAAACAUUCAUAAAUUGCGAGGUCGGCGGCGGCACCAGCAGCUAGGGUGGAAAACCGAGGGAACGUACGCCGGCACGGAGCGGAGGGAGCCACGGUAGUUUUGGCUGGAGGGGGACUCUAGCAAACCUACUGACACCGCACGCAGAAAUGGCGGAGCACCACGCAGUCAGCGACGGCAAGCACAAAGCGUCCGCUCAUACCGGCGCCGCGGGUGCAGCGGGCAGCAAGGGAGGCCUGUCGGGUGGACUGACACAGCCGGCGGGCUGGCAGUCGUUACUCUCGUUUAGCAUUCUCUUUCUGGCCUGCCUGGCCGGAUUCAGCUCCAGACUUUUCGCCGUCAUUCGGUUCGAGAGCAUUAUCCACGAGUUCGACCCGUGGUUCAACUACAGAUCAACACAUCAUCUCACAACCAAUGGUUUCUAUGAGUUUCUUAACUGGUUUGAUGAAAGAGCAUGGUACCCCUUGGGAAGGAUUGUUGGUGGCACAGUAUAUCCAGGAUUAAUGGUGACUGCAGGACUCAUCCACUAUGUGCUCAACUUGCUUCACAUCACUGUCCACAUUCGAGAUGUGUGCGUAUUUCUGGCGCCGGUAUUCAGCGGUCUCACGGCCAUCUCCACGUUCUUGCUGACGCGGGAGCUGUGGAACCAGGGUGCAGGGCUGCUGGCAGCCUGCUUCAUUGCCAUCGUCCCUGGCUACAUCUCCCGCUCCGUCGCUGGCUCAUUUGACAAUGAGGGCAUUGCCAUCUUUGCCCUGCAGUUCACCUACUAUCUCUGGGUGAAAUCUGUGAAGACAGGCUCUGUGUUUUGGACUAUAGGCUGUUGUCUCUGUUAUUUUUAUAUGGUAUCAGCAUGGGGAGGCUAUGUGUUUAUAAUCAACCUGAUUCCCCUUCAUGUGUUCGUGCUGCUGCUGAUGCAACGUUACAGCCGAAGAGUCUACAUUGCUUACAGCACGUUCUACAUUGUUGGUCUUGUACUAUCAAUGCAGAUCCCUUUUGUCGGCUUCCAGCCAAUCAGGACCAGUGAGCAUAUGGCUGCUGCUGGUGUCUUUGCGCUACUACAAGCAUACGCCUUCCUGCAGUACUUGAGAGACAGAUUGACCAGACAAGAAUUCCAGACACUCUUCUUUCUCGGUGUUUCUCUCGCUGCUGGCAUGGUCUUCCUCACCGUGAUCUAUCUCACAUACACGGGAUACAUUGCUCCAUGGAGCGGGCGUUUCUACUCUCUCUGGGACACUGGCUAUGCCAAGAUCCACAUCCCCAUCAUAGCAUCUGUGUCAGAACACCAACCGACAACGUGGGUCUCCUUCUUCUUCGACCUUCACAUCCUAGUGUGCACAUUCCCGGCAGGCCUGUGGUUCUGCAUCAAGAACAUAAAUGACGAACGAGUGUUUGUGGCCCUGUAUGCCAUCAGUGCAGUGUACUUUGCUGGCGUGAUGGUGCGUCUCAUGCUGACACUUACGCCGGUGGUGUGCAUGCUGUCAGCCGUGGCCUUCUCCAGUGUCUUUGAACACUACAUGGGUGAUGACACCAAGCGGGAGAAACCCCCCGCUGAAGACAGCAGUGACGAGGACGACAAAAGGAAUUCUGGGAAUCUCUAUGAUAAGGCUGGCAAGGUGCGCAAACAUGUGUCUGAGCAGGAGAAAGCAGAAGAAGGAUUGGGUCCAAACAUCAAGUCCAUAGUCACCAUGCUCAUGUUAAUGCUCCUGAUGAUGUUUGCCGUCCACUGCACCUGGGUCACCAGCAAUGCCUACUCCAGCCCCAGUGUGGUGCUUGCCUCCUACAACCACGACGGGUCACGUAACAUCCUGGAUGACUUCAGGGAGGCUUAUUACUGGCUGAGGCAGAAUACAGAUGAGCAUGCACGUGUCAUGUCAUGGUGGGACUACGGUUAUCAAAUUGCGGGGAUGGCCAACAGGACGACACUCGUUGAUAAUAAUACAUGGAACAACAGUCAUAUAGCGUUGGUGGGGAAAGCCAUGUCUUCCAAUGAAAGUGCAGCCUACAAAAUCAUGAGGUCCCUGGAUGUGGACUAUGUGCUGAUUAUUUUCGGUGGAGUCAUAGGCUACUCGGGCGACGACAUCAACAAGUUUCUGUGGAUGGUGAGGAUCGCUGAGGGGGAGCACCCAAAAGACAUCAGGGAGAGUGACUACUUCACCCCUCAGGGAGAGUUCAGAGUGGACAAGGCCGGUUCACCCACUCUGCUCAACUGCCUCAUGUACAAGAUGUCCUACUACCGAUUUGGUGAAAUGCAGUUGGACUUUCGAACGCCGCCGGGCUUCGACCGGACGCGCAAUGCCGAGAUUGGGAACAAGGAUAUCAAAUUCAAACACCUGGAGGAGGCCUUCACCUCAGAGCACUGGCUGGUCAGGAUCUACAAGGUCAAGAACCUCGGCAACAGGGAGCCGCUCGACCGCAAGCUUCGCAGCAUCGUGCCCAAACAGAAGUACACCUCCAAAAAGACAGCCAAGAGGAAGCGGGGCUACGUCAAGAACAAGCUGCUCCUGAAAAAAGGCAAGAAAGUACAAAAAAAGUAACCCCGACGAACUCUCCUAGGAAAACAAAUGCAAUGCGAAGAAACCUCUGACAAACAAUGAAGAAGAGCACCAGGGUGUGGAUGUCUGUGGCACUUGGGCUCAAGCGUUUUGUUCGUUUUAAGAGCACCCCCGUGUGGCGAGGAAGGUGAAGUCUCAAAUUCUGGCUCGCUCCAGAAAACCGUUGUCCAUUUUAUCUUGGGGGAAAUUUUGUCUUGCUUCUUUUCUCCACUUUUUUGAUUUUGCUAUUGAUUUUGUUUGUUUUUUAAUUUUUUUUUUUUUAACUUUGUAUUUGAAUGUGUGGCAAGGCAUCGGGCUGCUCUGUUGGUUUGUGUCGAUUAAAACUGUUGUGGUACACAAACGAUGGUGAUUAUCAGUGCGCGGGGGUGGGGCGGGGACGAGGGUUUAGAAAGGGGGCCGGGGGGUGUAGCAACAUUUUGCACCAAAGAGCCAUUGACGUGACCUUGCUCCAUGGCACGUGAACUCCUGGGGGGAAAAAAAGUGAGGAAGCGCCCAGGCCUCGUUCCUGACACGUGUACACGCCAACGUAUGCGGUAUGGAGGGACGUCACCCACCUAUUUGAAUUCACCUUCACAAUCCUUUCCCCCCCCCCCCCCCCCCCUCCUUUUUGUCUGCUUGGCCCCCCACUCACGCCUCCCUUUCUAAUCAUUUACAAACCAAUUGGCCUAACAUGUAACUGUUAUGUAAAGAUAAAUGUCAAAAAAGUAUAAUAUAUUGCAUUCUUGUGAUUUUGUUUUUUUAAAUAUGCAGUUUUUUCUUGAAAUUGAUUGUUUUGUUGUGGAUGUUUUUUUUUUUUUUUUUUGUACGACAGCAAAUAGAUCAGUGAAUGCAAUAAUUCUUGUACAGAGGGCCUUGAGAUUUUGUUAAUGGAUGAAAUGAAUGUGAAUUUUUACUAAGCCGCCCAUCCCCCCACUCAUAAGUAGCCUAGAUUGUACAUUUUUGCUCCAAAGAGGCAAGCAACAAUAUGUAAAAAGUAGUGAUGUUAUUAAAUAAGGCCUCCCGGUUCUGCAGAGGGAGCGCUCGAGUUGAGCGAGCAAGCCAUAGUGCCUCUCGUCUCACAUUUGCCGUCUCCCGUCAUUAAGCUACGGGUGCGGAGGCCUCGCAAACUGGAAAUGUUCCAACGGGUGCACGGCAGGGGGUUACCUAGAAUGAUAGUGAUAACGGGGAAUACUUUAGAAGAGUUUAUCUAAUCUUUCAGUCUUUGCCUUGCUCUCCCCCCUUUUGUAGGGAAACGCACUUAAUCACCUUUGUCUUCCACUCCAGACCUUUGUCCUAUUUCGUAUCACUCGUCCGCUCAUCGGUGUUCAAAUGUUGCUGUUUUGGGCCACGCUAGGAGUAAAGUUGCAAAGAAUACGAGGGGGGGGGGGGAAUAUUACAAGAAAUAAGUUGCAAUUUAGAACACAAAGUAGUCAUCGUUUCAGUAGUAGACAUUUCAUGAGGGGGGGAAAAAAAAAAUCUAAAUACAGUGAACCCAUUCGGCAUUUGCAAGUUCGCCUAUUCAGACUGUAUUUUGGGGACCCUAUUCUGUUAUUUGCUGAUAAAGUCCCCUAUUCACUGAUCUUGUGCUCAUUCCAAAGCAAUAACAGUAUUGUUUUGACGACAUCUGUUGGCAUUUGGGUGCCAGGGAACCGUUGCAGUACGUUGUGGGGGUUCUUUUUGACAAAAGUAGUCUUUUGCUGCCAUCUUGUGGUAUCUACAGGCAAAUACAGUACCUUAUAAAGCUUUUUGAGCGGUCAAUUUCAAGUUUUCGUUAUUAAUGGGUUCACUGUGUAGGAGAAUUAAGUUGUAAUUUUGCAAUUAAAACAAAUUGUCAUUGCAAUGAAAGUAAUCCUUUUACGCCAAUAAAGUUGUAGUAUUACCAGGCAGAAGAAAAUUAUUGGAAUUAAGUCAAACAAGACAAGUCUGUUUUACAAGAAAAAAAGUUAGCAUAUUUAGAAUAAAGUUGAAUGUUACAAGAAAAAAAAUAUAUAUAUAUAUAUAAAAUAUUAAACAGAAUAUUCAUUAUAAUACCAGGAAGAAAUGGAAAUAUUUUGAGAAUAAAGUCAAAAUAUUACAUGAAUAAAGUUGGUUAAAAAAAAAAAAGUUAGGACUUUAUUCUUGCAACAUUUUAGUCAACUCAGUUUUAUAAGAUUACUAUUUCGUUGUUUUUUUUUGGUGUUCCCACCCCCCAGUCCCUAGGAGUGUGGCCCUUUCAUAGUCUUAUUUCUUGCUAGUUAACAUGAACUAGUCUGAAAUACCUUAGUUGGUAAUGACACUCACCCAAGUAUCACAUCGAUGUCUUAAAUCUCAUUUGGAUUUUUACGUUUACUAUGAUGGAAACUACAUAAAGCAAAACAAACAAACAAAAAAAGUUUGGGUUGAAAGGGUUUUUUUUUUUUAAGCCGACGACAGUGGUCAAAAUCGAAAUGGUUAAGGCCAAUCUUAGAUUGUCUAUCGCAAGCCAUCUGUUUCGCUUGGCUCACAUUUGAAUGGUUCAGUAGUAUAUAACUCGGACGGACGCAGCUGGAACCAGCAGCUUUUUUGUAUUUUUUUUUUUGGUGUGUGGUUUUUUGUUUUUAAAUCUCGUUUUCAAAAAGACACCAAACUGUUUUUUUUUUUUUUUUGUGCGUUGGCAUGUCAAAGAGAGAUUCUCGAAGCGCACGCCUUCCCUCGCAUCCGAAAUGCGUCAGACUGACGUGAUCAUUUUGUCACAUCUGUACGGCUGUUGUAUUUCUGUAUUUCUUUCUUUCCUCACCAGGGUUCCUUAGUGCUCUUCCCAUGUUUUUUAGGCUUUCACACGAUCACCACACUUCCUCUUAAACAGUUUACUUUCCAGAGGAGAGUUCAGAUAAAGCCUUAAUGUGAUGUGACGUUUCUAACCCUCCUGUAUUUUUUUUUAAGGAUAGUAACAAAACUUCCCUCACUGCUGCUUUUUUUUUUUAUUAUUUUGUACUUUUUUCCGUUUGUCUCAGUGCCGUUUGUUCCUGACCCAUUUCGAUUUUCUUUUGGGUUGUUUUGUUUCUUUGACUCAAUCCCCCUUGGCUCUUCUUCUCAUGUUCAGCAUUUACACUGUUGCUCUGUUUGUUCAGUCAUCUUUAAAUGUACACUUAAAUUAAACCAUCUGUGUUGUCA